GCGGCGGAGCGUGUUCGGCGAGACACGGUCCGAUGCCGGCCGGCGCGCAGGGGCAUUGUGGGCGCUGCGCUGCCGCCGCUGCGGCUUUCGGCGGGUUCUGUUAAAAUGGCGCCUUAGGCGGCGGCGGGAGGUGUCGCCGGGUCUUGGCGCUGCUGAGCGGCUGGCUGCUUCCUCUCCUCCUUCCGUCCCUUCCUCUGCCUUCCCGCCGUGCCCCUGACUCUGCUGCCCGCUCCUCCCUCACACCGCUUCCUGGGCAGCGAUGGCGACUCCGGACCAAAAAUCCCCCAACGUUUUGCUGCAGAACCUCUGCUGCCGCAUCCUGGGCAAGAGCGAAGCUGACGCAGCCCAACAGUUUCAGUAUGCAGUGAGAGUUAUUGGAAGCAACUUUGCUCCCACCGUUGAACGGGAUGAAUUCCUUGUAGCUGAGAAAAUCAAGAAAGAACUUGUGCGACAAAGAAGGGAAGCAGAUGCUGCUUUGUUUUCAGAACUCUACAGAAAGCUCAGUUCACAGGGCAUUUUGAAAAACAAAUGGUCAAUACUCUACCUCCUGCUCAGCCUUAGUGAAGACCCACGUAAGCAGUCUAACAAGGUAUCAAGUUAUGCCACACUUUUUGCUCAGGCGUUGCCACGAGAUGCUCACUCAACCCCUUAUUACUAUGCCAGGCCUCAGAGCCUUCCACUGAAUUACCAAGACCGCAGUGCUCAGUCUGCCCAGAGCUCUGGCAGCAUAGGGAGCAGUGGGAUCAGCAGCAUCAACCUAUAUGCCCUGAAUGGGCCAACGCCAACUCCACAAUCACUCCUCCCAGGCCAAUCCUAUCAAGCUCCAGGAGUUGGAGAUUGCCUCCGUCAGCAGUUAGGGUCACGUCUCGCAUGGACUCUGACUGCAAGUCAGCCUUCUUUACAAAACACUACCUCAAAAGGCUUCUCAAAUCCUGUCUCCCGUGGUGUGCCCAGGUCAAGGCGAGAUGGGGAUACAAGCGGCUCUGUUGAAAUAACGGAAGCAAACCUUGUAAGAGAUGUUUUGUAUGUCUUCCAGGGAAUAGAUGGCAAAACCAUCAAAAUGUGCAAUUCUGAAAAUUGCUACAAAGUAGAGGGAAAGGUGAGCUUGUCCAAAUCUCUCAGAGAUACUACAAGUAGACUUGCAGAGUUGGGAUGGCUACAUAAUAAAAUAAGAAAAUACACAGACCAGAGGAGUUUGGAUCGUGCAUUUGGACUUGUGGGACAGAGUUUUUGUGCAGCCUUACAUCAGGAACUUAAAGAAUACUACCGACUUCUGUCUGUUUUACAUUCUCAGUUGCAACUGGAAGAUGAUCAGGGUGUGAAUUUGGGACUUGAGAGCAGUUUAACACUUCGCCGUCUUCUAGUCUGGACAUAUGAUCCAAAAAUAAGGUUAAAGACCCUUGCAGCACUUGUUGAUCACUGUCAAGGGAGAAAAGGUGGUGAACUAGCCUCAGCAGUUCAUGCCUAUACUAAAACAGGAGAUCCCUACAUGAGAUCUCUGGUUCAGCACAUUCUAGGCCUAGUAUCCCAUCCUGUACUGAAUUUCCUUUAUCGUUGGAUUUAUGAUGGAGAGCUGGAAGAUACAUACCAUGAGUUUUUUGUAGCUUCAGAUCCUACAGUUAAAACUGAUCGUUUGUGGCAUGACAAAUACACUUUGAGGAAAUCAAUGAUCCCUUCUUUUAUUACAAUGGAGCAGUCAAAAAAGGUCCUCCUAAUAGGAAAAUCCAUAAACUUCUUGCAUCAAGUUUGUCAUGACCAAACUCCAUCCACAAAGAUGAUUGCUGUGGCAAAAUCUACAGAGUCUUCUAAAGAUGCUGCUGAUUUGUUCACAGAUCUGGAAAAUGCAUUUCAAGAGAAAAUUGAUGCAGCUUAUUUUGAGACCAGCAAAUACCUACUGGAUGUUCUCAAUAAGAAGUACAAUUUACUGGAACACAUGCAGGCCAUGAGGCGCUACUUACUACUUGGUCAAGGAGACUUUAUCAGACAUUUAAUGGACUUGCUCAAGCCAGAGCUUGCACGCCCAGCUACAACCUUGUAUCAGCAUAACCUAACUGGAAUCCUUGAAACAGCGGUGAGGGCAACUAAUGCCCAGUUUGAUAAUCCUGAGAUUCUCAAACGAUUGGAUGUUCGACUUCUGGAGGUAUCUCCUGGGGACACUGGAUGGGAUGUCUUCAGCUUGGACUAUCAUGUUGAUGGGCCAAUAGCAACGGUAUUUACACGUGAGUGCAUGAGCCAUUAUCUCAGAGUGUUUAAUUUCCUCUGGAGAGCUAAGCGAAUGGAAUAUAUUCUUACUGAUAUAUGGAAGGGGCACAUGUGCAAUGCCAAGCUUCUGAAAAGUAUGCCAGAGCUCUCUGGGGUGCUGCAUCAGUGUCACGUUCUGGCAUCAGAAAUGGUCCAUUUCAUUCAUCAAAUGCAGUAUUACAUUACAUUUGAGGUGCUUGAAUGUUCGUGGGAUGAACUCUGGAACAAGGUCCAACAAGCACAGGACUUGGAUCACAUCAUUGCAGCUCAUGAAGUUUUUCUAGAUACAAUCAUAGCUCGGUGCUUGCUGGAUAGUGACUCCAGGGUACUUCUCAACCAGCUUCGAGCUGUUUUUGAUCAGAUCAUUGAGCUUCAGAAUGCCCAAGAUGCAAUGUACAGAGCUGCUUUGGAGGAAUUGCAGCUGAGGUUACAAUUUGAAGAGAGGAAAAAACAGCGUGAGCUUGAGGGCAAGUGGGGUGUAACUGCGGCAGAAGAUGAAGAAGAGAACAAGAGGGUGAAAGAAUUUCAGGACUCAAUACCCAAAAUGUGCUCACAGCUGCGAAUCCUCACUCACUUUUACCAGGGAAUCGUCCAGCAGUUCUUGGUCCUGCUGACAACCAGUUCUGAUGAAAGCCUUCGGUUUCUUAGCUUUAGAUUGGACUUCAAUGAACAUUACAAAGCAAGAGAGCCAAGGCUUCGUGUGUCCUUGGGCACCAGAGGCAGACGAAGCUCACAUAUGUGAAACCACUGCUAAGGACUGCACCUCGGUAUCCGAAGGAUGUUGAACCUCCUGUUGGACAAUGCAAUCAGUGUUGACAGAAUGCAACCAAAUCGUGCGUGAUCGGUGUCUGCCAUUUCCACAGGCAACAAGUUCUCAGUCAUGUGAUUGUGUGGCACUCUAGAGCAGAAAGCAAAAAACAGUAGGGUUUUUUAUACACUCAUGUUUCUAGAAUUACCAAACUAAAUGGGGCUGAUUGAACCUCUUCCAGUCAACUUCUGAAACCAUCCUUUUAAACAAAUGCCAAUUUCAUUUGAAGCUUUCUGAGCUCUCGCCGCUGUAACUUCUGUCUGUGUCCAGGAAAUUGCAUCUUUUGUUGAUAGAAAGCAUCAUUUCCUUUUUUUAACGAGAAAAUAAGAGGGUUAUUUUUUCUAUAUAUACUUGUAUUUGAAGAGAGCUUUUGUUAAAGCUGACAGAUUAGGACCCAGACUUACUGUCCUUGUUAAGGAGCUGUACAGCAUUUCGUUAUGCUGAUUUUCAAUGUUGUGAUGUGUUUGACUGCGUGAGAAACUUUGUAUCAGGAGACAUAAACUUCUAUUUAAUUUUUUGUUGUUUUCAAAAUUAACAAACAAAUGCAAAAUUUAGUAGGGAAAUUCUAUGGUUACUGUACAGGUGAAAACUAUAGAAAGCAGAGUGGGACUGUAUUGUACAUAAGGUCUAAAAAAUGAAGUUAAAGCCUUAGUACUGUGAAGGGAAAGUGUAGGUUAAGAUGAAAUUGAAUGAAAUUGUUGAUGUUCAAAGUCCAACCUGUAGAAAGAGACUGACUUGGCUAAUGUUGACUUCAUUCUCUUCCCUUCCCUAUUUUUUCAUUGUAAAUAUUUAUAUAUUGCUGUCCAGAUGUUGGAGAGAGGGGGAUUCUUCUUCUGCAAAGUUGUCAUUAUAUCAGGUCAUUUAUUAUGUUCCACAAGUGCAAGCUUAGAAGAAUAAAAACACGAUUAUCUUUCAAACAAGUGUUUUGCUUUCUGUAGUCGAGAGAUUAUGAUUCUUCCACAGAGUGAGAAAGGAGAAGCUUCCAGUUAGGGAUCUGCAAAUCAAUACACUCCUAUCUAUUACAGGAUUUUCCUACUAGUCUUAUCUAUAGUUAGUUAUGUGCAAUCCAUUAAUUAACAGUUGUCCUCAGAUCAACCAUGUCUGUGGCCUUUCUCACCUUUUGCCUUUAGCGCUGCUGGAACCCUUGGGAAGCAGAGACACCCACCAGGCCGUGCAAGUGAGGCUGCAGUGAGUCAUGUUGGAGGUGAACACUCAUGGAGACAAUGUACCAACUUGCAGCCCUGGACUAGCAGGGCUACUCUGCCCUCUGGACACCAGAAUUCCCGUUACUGGAUGGGUCUCAGAGACCUUGCUUUUGUUUAACAUGUAAGACUUCUAACCCUGUGCCCUCAAAGGACCUGCUAGCUCAACUGCCCUCGUUGGGGUUUAGAGUACUUGCAGGCAGCAUUUCAGCUGUAAGAAAAUAUGGGCUCUGAAGCUUAUGAUACUCUGUGUGCCAAAGGAAAGCUGAAGGAUGCCGAGCUUGGCAACUUCAUCAAUCACUUGACAGACAGGAGCACUCUGUUUUUGUGGGUGUAGUGGGAGCAUAUUGUUUCUUGUAAAGUCUGAAGGAACAAAGCUUAUGUGAUGGUGUUUUGGCCAAAAUUGGUGGGGGGAAAAAAUAGUUUCACAGGCCCUCUUUUGGCCAUUUCUUUGAGAAACAGAGUGCACAGUGAGUUCCACUUGAACAUGAGGAGAAACUUAUUUUCUGUGAGGAUGAAGGAGCCCUGGCACAGGCUGCCCAGGGACGACGUGCAGUCUCCUCUGGAAUAUUUGAAACCCACUUGUACGCGUUCCUGUGUGACCUGAUCGUGGUGAACCUGCUUUAGCAGAGGGGUUGGACCAGAUGAUCUGUAGGGGUCACUUCCAACCCCUACCAGUCUGUGUGAUUCUAUGAUGAUCCCAUGUGUCAUUAGUCCACAGACCACAGAGGCAGCAUCAGUGUCAGAACUAGAGAAGACACAGAGAAAGGUUUAGAUCUCUUCACUGCUAAAACAAAUCCAGCAUUGAAACAGGAACCCGCACUACUGGCCAUACUGGGAACAAUCAUUUUGAGGUGAUUCUGCAGAAAUCUGUCAAUCUGGGAAGAGUUCUCACUGCUGCAGGAGUUGCUCUGACUGCCAGGCUGAUGGGGAUGUUUUGAACACAAGAUACAGAAUACCUGGGCAAGUGAGGAGCUGCCAUUGUCCUCAGUGCUCCGUUGUGGCUGAUGACCAGUUCCUUAUCUCCUAAGCCAGCAGCUGUCAUCUUUAUUUCAGUCUACAUGGUUUUUUGUACCUUUCGAUCCUACGUUUGACACUGAUCAGUUGUAGUGUAACCAGCAAAGCUUGAGGAAACCACUGACUCCUUUUCAAGUAAGAUAGGUUGGUGAAAAACAUAGACAAAAAGAUGAGUCUUUGUGACCAUCUGUUGGCACUAUGGCCAGAUUCUCAUCAAGAGAGUGAAUCAAGAGCUGAGCAUUAAAUGCUUCAAAUUUUCCUUUAGGCUUGGAAAUAACUGUAAUUAAUUAUUUGAGAGCAUCAACACUUCAAGCUAGCACAGAAAAUGAUGACUUGAUGCAUCGAUAAGUAUUUGAAAGGGGAGACAUACAAUAACCUCUCCAGCUCUGCAGGAGAGUCCCCUGGAAGUGGAGAGGAACCCUUCCUGAAAUCUUCCAUAGCUCAGGCAAUGGCAUCCAUUCUCUUUUUCUCAGAGAUUGCUGUGCCUGUACUGAAGGAAGAGCCAUUGCCACUCUGACCGCUGGGCUGAGGAAAGGUUCAGAAUCUCCAGUACAGAGUAACUGGACCAGCUUUGUUGAAAGAUUCCCCUGGAAGUGGAUGGGAGCCAGCAAUGUCACCUUCCAUUUUUAUAGCAAUUUCAGCCACUUUUUUUCCCCUUUACUGAUUUAUGCUUCAACUACAGCUGGAUUCUUCUGUCUUAGAGGCACUAUCAGCAUUACCUAGUGCUGCUUCUCUGCAGCACAAAGCAUGGCUUUCAUGAAAGAAUCUUCAUUGAUAUAAAGGGGGAGACUGGUUUUGUAAAGCUAUUACAGCAGAAAUGCAAGCAGAGCUGCCCGCAGCUAGCUACCUGUGCUCCAGCAUAUGCUGUCUGUAGAAAUGCCGCAUUGCACAGAGUGGCAAUCUGACCAAGAAUGCUGGGAAAGGUGACUCACCCUUUUCUCUUCUUCAGCAGCAAUUUAACCAGGUGACCCAAAGGUGAUUUUGGGAGGAGGAUGUGGGGGAAAAAUAGUGGGAUAAGCUGAUAAAAGGGUCAGUCAUAUGCAAAUAGGGCACUGGUCAGUUUGUUUUUCUAGGCUUGCCCUUCACCUGGUCAGUGCUGUCCUGUCACCUUUGUAAAUCCCUCUUCCUCUGCUUUUGCCUCUUCCUCUUUCCUUUCAUGUGUUAUGAGGUCCAGGUGCAGCAAGUGGAGUAGGGGUGAAGUGUACCUGUGGUGCCAGCAACUGCAGGCCCUGCAGUGAGAGGAUGCAUGUAUCCAGAGGUGAGAGAGUCCCAGGGCCUGCUGCUGGCUGAGUUAUGUGUGUAAGCCCAGCUACUAGGGGGAUCCACCUUUGUACCAAGGGCCUUGCAGAAUGUUGUAUAUUUGAGGAGUUACUGAUAUUGAACAGAGAUCUAAUUGAUCUCUAGAGCUCCUUUCCAAUCUCUGCCAUUCUAUGAUUCAGUGAACAGACAUGUUUGUUCUACUGGGCUUCAUACCUGGGGCUUGAGCAGCCUGAAUGACAGCAUGAGCAGCUAUUCUAUGGGAAUGCCAUUGAGUACCCCGUGCCAGCCCAUCCUGCCGUGGCCAUGGGCUAUGGAAGA